AUGUCACUAAUGCUCAAUCAUGCCAAGUUGAACACCCGAGCAACACUAGCGAAAGUAGGUAAAAAAUGCAAACCUUUCCGAAAAGAAAUAACAAACUUGAUGGAAAAAAUCUUUCCUGGGUGCUGAUUACUCACCUAAGAGGUGACAAUCUUCCCCUCUGUUGACGCAAAACUAUUGAAUACAAAGUCAAUAUGGUUCUUCUAAUUUUAAAACCCUCUUUUUUGUGUAGAUGCCGUUUGUGAGGCCAAUCGUGGAAAAUUGGUCAAAUUUUUUUUUAUGGCAAACUAUUUGCAAGUAAAAUGAGUUCAUGAAGCGUCAUUGUAAGCUCAGUGACAAGAACGGGAAAGUUUUAAGUUCUUUAGCAAGCCAUUAAUCUACGCUUUCUAGAAAAACAGGAAUCAAGCGGUAAACUAAAAAAGGCUUCUGGCUGCGAUUACAGGUCCGGAUUUGUUUUUUUGUUUUUAAAAGAACGUAAUCUGUUUUCAUUCUGUUGUUAUUGUUCGAUUCGUGACUUAAUAAAUGCAAGCGUAACUUUCUUUUACGUCUUAUUGCAGCAUCAACGAGAAGCUCCAAGGAAAAAGCUGCUGGCAUAUAACUAAGUGGAAGACUAAGUUUCCGAGCUUUCUUCACUGUCAAGGCUGCGAUCUCUUUUGUAAGUUUUGAAUUAUUCUUAUUUUGAAGCAUUGUUGAUCGAUCAUUCUAAACUUUUUGAUCAUAUUGUGUGCUCCUAUAAACUCGUAAGUGAUAAAGAACAUAAUGCUUAAUAUAUAGUGAUAGUAGCAAAUCAGUAUGGCGAUCUAUCUGUCUAUCUAUUGAUAUAAAUAAGAAAGCGCUUUUCGCGUUUUAAGCGGCACAAUCAACUAUCUACAGAAAAAUUUGCAUUGAAGAUUUGGUACUUUCAACAUUAAUCAUCAACGACGGUAGUGAGGCUGGAUUAAAAGACUUAGGUCGAUCGGUUAAGAGGAAUUAUCAUGCAUAUAUAAUAUAAGCCACUUAUGUCGAGGAAAGCGAAAUGUGAAAUCGUUUGAAAAUUUGCGCUAAACUCCUUUCUAGCUUAUCCUUUUCUUAAGUGUAGUCAUCUCCAGUGUUUUAUGCAUAGUCACCGAGCUGAGAAAAGCAAUGAUAGGCAUUUUAAUAAAGCGAGUAUUUUCAUCACUUUGAUCAAGUUCAGAAAACAUAUUACAAGUGUUUCAAAGAACGCCUUGGAACUUGUCUCAUGUUGAGGUAGUUUGCUUGCAUUUCACUUUGUAAGUUAACAAUGUUCGAGUAAUGACGGAUAAAUACAAAAGCGGCGGCAGAAUCGGUACAAAAUCCUCAACAAAGCAGCAGAAUUAAGAUGAUACUUCUAUAAUGCCAUUUACGCCAAUACAAUUUGAGAGCUUUGAGUGCUGGAUAUUUUGCAUUUAAGACUACACAAUCUUGUAGGUUUUGUAGGGUAAAAUGCGGUAAAAUGUAUGAAUAUAAUAAGCCGAAGCGAAAAGAGCAAUCGACGUGACUUUGGUUAUCUAGAUUUGUUCAAAUUUAAUUAAAAUUUGCAUAGCACGAAAACUGGUUUUCAUUUAACUAGCAGCUAUUUUAGUAGACUAACGUGUGGUCAUUGCCAUACUUGAAGUGACAGGGCCAUUUCAGCAGCAGCGAUCGUAUGGAGGACGAAUAGUUCGAUCGACUCUGUCAGGACCUGUCAGAGCUGCGUACCGGACCGUACUCACGCCAAUGAUCAAACAAUACGGCCCCGAGACAGACUUUUCAGUUCUAUCUUAAGACAAAUCUGCGGCUAUCUCUUCAGUGAUCGAACGAUAAUGGAAACAGUCUUUGCCUGAAAAGUUUAUUGUAUUAGUAGUACAGUAAAGAAAAACGUUGUUUUAAAAUUAUUGUACAGUGCCUUCGGUUUGAUUCGAUCAUUGUUUUAUUUCGGUCGCCUAUACAUUAUUGGCGGGCAGUCUUAUGGAUCGACUACUGGCCUGUCUCGAAACAAAAGAUAAAAUGAACCAUUUUCAACUUUUUUUCCCCAUUCUUUAGAGAACAGAAGUAAUUUCAGGGUGUCUUUUAGUCAGUUUCCACUGUGCCGAUUCGUUCAGUCCAUGAUGUUUUAUGGCAAUCGGGCCAUCUAUGCGGAACAAGUCGACCCAACAAUAGAUUCGCAUAAACAGCUUUUAUAAACAUCCUUCAUGCGAGAUACACAGGCAACCAUUGUAGCUCGGUUGGUUGUGAUAUCUGUUUGAUUUGUGACUUGAGCAAGUUUCUUUCUUAUAAGUACAUACUAACACUGAUAUUUGACGAUGAACAAUGUGGUAUAGCCAUAUCCAGACAGUGCAGGCUAGUUCAGUCAUACGGCUACAUUGUACUUAAUUAUAAUUGGAUUCAUGUGGAAACAUAUCGGAAGACCAUGAUGCUGUCCCUCACACCCCCCCUCCCCCCAGCCCCCACAAGAGUUAAGAAAGCUCAAGAAUAUGCUCCUUCUGUCACUUGAAACAAGAAUAAAGGCAUCUGGAGUUCCUAUUUUGAUUCCUCUACCCUGUUUGAAAAACUACGCACAAAAAGAAAUAAACGCAGACAUCGAUUUCAAUAACUUAGAUAAAAUGUAGUCUAAAUUCUCUCUGAUUAAAACUUGUAGCUUCAUAUGGCAUAUCACAGAGCUUUACCAGCCAAAUGAAGCGAAUUGUGACACACGCUUUCCCAAGCCCCUUUUUAUCUUUGACAGAACAAUUUUUAGUCGGAGCCGGGAAACAAUCUAAACAAAACCCGACAGAGAGCAUAGAAUGCAGCGUUCUUUUAUCACCUAUUCUCUUCUUUGCAUUGCAGAAAACACACCUCGCCCGUCCCCACCACCUCCCCUCCACCCCCCAAAAAAAUUUGCAUGAGAACAACUUUCUCAGCUAUUUUGUCAUUUUUCCUUUACUUUUUAAAUUAAUAAUCUUAAGUCCUUUGUUAUACAUAACUUUAAGGGGCACAAUAUUAGUUUAUCUAGAUGUGCCCCUCUCCUCUCCUUCCUAUAUGUAUGGAUAAUAGCAUGAUUUAUAGUGAUAUUUCGCAUGAAUACCACGAGUGAUAUUUCGAAAUUGUUAUACGUAAUUUCACGAGCCGUCAGGCGAGUGAAAUUUCAAGACAAUUUUGAAAUGUUACGAGUGGUAUUUAUGCCAAAUAUCACAUACAAAUCAUGCUAUUAUUUGUUAUACUACUACCCGCAAAAGGUUUGUAAUUUUCACAUGUAGGUAUUUCAAAUUAAGCUGAAAUACCACUGCUCUAAGCCAAUAAAAUUGCAGUAAUUUUUCAUGUAGUGGUAUAAACAAUGUAAUUCAAUUUAAUUGUUGUAAUUUCUAUUUUACGCGUUUAUUUCCUUUGUAAAUCUUUAUCUGUUACUAUAUUAUUUUUUUCAGUUAUAUUUACAUAACUAUGUAUCAGCUAGGAAUUGGAGGAAUAAAUAAAAUGAAAAAAUGAAAAAAAACUUUGUGAAGGCGCCGAUGUUACUCGAAACGAUUCGCAACGAUGAUUUUCACCGCAUGACAGCGCUGUAACAAUUUUGCGGCAUUGUUUACAAUUGUUUCACAAUUGUUCUAACACUGUUGGCUUAAAUUAUUAAUGCAAAAUGCCUCUUGUAACAACGGCUUAAUCCAGGAGAAAGUGGAUGUUUAUGAAAAGUUUGGGAGGCGGAGGGGGGAGGGGUGGGGGAGGAAAAAAUCAGCAACUUUAUUGGAUAAGGGUGAGUAUGAUAUGAAGAAUUAUAGAGAUCGAGGAGGGUGUUAUCCUCCUGGAGGCUCUGAGAUAUGCAUAAUUCUUUCGAUAAUGAAAAGCCGAAUCCAAUAGUCUUAACAAGCAAUGGUUUAGUUAUACAGAAACAAGUAAAAAAACAGUGCGGACAAGAAAGAUUGACGUUUCGGUAUCAUAUUGACAGUUAUCAUCAAAUAUUUUGAACUUGAAAAUGCAAGAUUACACCGAAACGUCGUUCUUUCUUGUACGCGUUGUUUUUUACUUGUUUCUGAAUCCAAUAAUUGUUUUAUUAUUCAUUCAAAAUAAUUCCAAGUUUAUAUUAAAAACAAGCUAAACUGACAUGCUUACCUUAAUCGAUGUUAAAUUCCCGUCUUCAUUUGCCUGUUUCUCGGCAAGGCCGUUCAGGAUAUAAAGCCUAGCAGAGUAUUCUAUUUUAGGCAGAAGUUCGGUUAUUUCUUCUUCGCGAACGGAAACGUGUGAAAAAACAACGAAAUCUUGUUCCCAGGGCCUCUCGGCGAUUAUUUUGUGCUUUUGACGUCAUUUUCCGGAUAUCUGAUUGUUUCCCGCCUCCGAUUUAAAGAUUGCUUCUGUCGAGGAUAUGAAAAGGUGAAUUAGAAAGCCGUGUGUCACAAUUAACUUCAUUUUGCUGAUGAAGCUCUUUGUUAAUAAUUUAAUGUAUUCGAUUAGACCGAAGAAAAUCUUACGAUGCUUUUGCGACUUUUACAACUGGGGUCAAGUAAACUGCUUUGAGCCUUGGCGAAAAAAAGCUUGUUGCGUGCGAGCUGUUACGCAGUUAGCGGAAAGCAGCUUUAAGCUGAUAAAGAGACAAACAAGAGAGACUACUAAUUUAUGUGGCGAAAUAAUGAGCAGUAAAUGACGAGUAAAGGGGAAACUUGGUCACGUGGUUCAAAUUCGCGUUUGCCGUUUUACUUGAACGUGAUGCUUAACCUCUCUUAUAUGUUAUUUUUGGCUGGUUUAUUUUUCCCUAAAACGUAAUUUAGACAGGAAUGUUUGCUACGCGGCCUAAGGCACAAGAUAGUGUAUUUGUAGCCUGUGAAGAUAUGAGCAUAUAAAGGGUUUCCAUCUAAAUCGAUCGUUUUGUACUCUUUGUCCAUUCUCUGCCAACACGGCCAUAAUAACAAUGACUGUUACAACAUAUCUUAUGGGCUGUUUGUAAGGAGGGAGGAACAUCCUAGAAGGCGGAUCAUCCUAGUACCAUAUGUUUUCUGCAUUCAGUUUAAAUGCAAAAAGUUGUGUUUUUCCCUAGUGCUAGGAUCUCCCUAGUAUUAGAUCUUUCUAGCCCAGGGAAAGGAAGCACCAUGUAAACUGCUUUCGCUAUGAAAAUCCUAGUAAUAGGGACAAAUCACUGAAAAAUGGCGGCGCGUCGUUCAGUGAGUAAUCUUUGAGCUUUUAACUACACGGACCGAAAUUUCUGCAUGUAGACCCAAAGAAAAGUUGUUUCGCCUUCUAAGGUCUCUCUAGUGCUUGCAUCUGCUUCCCCCCUUGAAAAGAAGGCCCCAGUGUGGUUACUGAGGUUAAACAAUCUGUAAACACUUAAGGAGACAGGUCUUGAAUGAGUUUUGUUGAUUUUUAUUUUGCGGACAAAAGGGAUAAAAAAAGUAAUAACUAAACCAUGAGAUUUAAGUGGUAAUUGAGAUUACAGAAAGUCUGCAGUGAGCUAAAAAUGUCUCGCUGAAAUAUUGGUUGAUACAGGGUGGCCACCUAAUACGGGGUUUACUUUUACAGUUUCACUGUUAGAAACCCUCUGUAAUAAGACAUAAACUGAAUAUAAAGGUAAGGAUAAAUUUCCAUUCUGUUUCAGGUGACCAGCAAAAUGUCAAGUGGACCGAUUGAACCAAUCACCGAGCAAGAAAACCGGGCCUGGUGUAUCGUCUUUGGCUUUGAAUCAGCGGCCUGCAUAGUGGGCAACAUUCUGACCAUUGCUGCUUUUGCCAUCACAAAGUCCUUGCACAAGAAAACCUAUCUCCUAUUGAUCAGCUUAGCAGUAGCUGAUCUCUUGGUGGGUUUUGUUGCCAUUCCCAUGUUCAUUCAUCUAAUAGGCGGCACGGUUACACAGUGGUGGGAAGUGGAUAAUCACGUGAGUCACACGCAGACAGCCAUCGAGAUCUUCACUUCGUACGCUUCUAUCUUCUUUCUGGUGGCGAUCGCUCUUGAGCGGCUGUACGCUGCGGUAUCGCCAUUUAAUCACGAUACUCUCAAGCCUGUUGCUUAUUUCAUUGUAAUCACUGUAGUGUGGCUUUUCGCUGCGCUGUUAGCAAUUCUCUCUUAUUUGCGUGAACAGCAUGUUGAUGCUGCCGACAACGAGGGAGUGUUUUUGUUUAUUAUGAUAAUGCUCGCACUUUCCAUUGUAACUGUUGUUGUAUCCUACAUUCUAAUUGCAAUAAUUUUGAUGAGAUCUCGCUCCAAAUUGACCGACGACUUUGAGCAUAGAAUGGCUGUCACCCUCCUUCUCUUGAGCGUUAUUUUCGUAGCCACAUGGUUGCCAUUUAAAGUAGUUAACUACAUUUUUCAUUACGACCGCUCUGCAACUCUUGGCUGUGGAAACGACGUCGGUUGCCUCUACCAGGCAAUUUACGCCACAAAGUUUCUGCAUUAUUUCAACUCAGUCGUUAACCCCAUCAUUUAUGCUCUGAGGGUUAAAGAUUUUAGGAAGAGUGUCAAACGAAUUCUGUGCUGUGCUGAUCCCACACCACCACAGAACCGAGCCCUUGGAGAAAUAAAAGGGAUAGAUAACACCAUGGUAUCCAUGCAGUCCAUCGAUACCGUUGUUCCCUCUAUGUAUCUGUAAAUAUAUACAGCUAAAUCUUUAACGUACAGUGAAGUACAGAUGUAUAAAAAUUCAGUAGUUUUAGAAAAAGAAGUUUUAGAAAGAGUUUUAUGCACGAGUAAUGAGAGCUUUAAGGAAUACCGUGUAGCACGAAAUUUUUGCGGGUUCUACUGGUUCUACAUCAGUGUGCGAUAUUUCCAGCGAUUUGUCAAGCGAUCCGCAAAAAUAAGUUCUCGCAAUUAAAAAUUACCGCAAACAUUUUUCCCGCAAAAAUUCACUCCAGAGUAAAUAUUCCCUAACUUAAAUUUGCUACACAAAAAUACAGUACUAAGAAGUCAUGUCUAUUCAAUUACAACUUGUCUCUGUCCGUUCAGAAACAAAACGGUAUACAAUGAAAUACCGGUUUUACUUAGGGUUCGCACACCGUAGUAUUGUUUGAAAAUAUGUGUAUCUCUAUUGCACGUUCUCAAUAAAAACGAAACUGAUAUUGUCAAUGCUGGGUACUGGGUACUUUUUGAAAACCGCAAAAACUAAUUCCCACUGAAGAAAGACCAAUCUGUCCUAAUCGCAAAAAUUAGUUCUCUCAAAACACAAAAAGUCGCCAAUCCGCUUAAAUAAACUCCCGCAAAAAUUUUGUGCCACACGAUAUAUUGGAUUAUACAAGUACUAGUACUUUUAAAACAGUUAGACUCUAUUUUACUUUGAUGUAUUAAUAGAAUUAACUCAUUUAUUCAAAAGCGAUACCUUUUUAUAGCUCAGUACUAGAACAAUAUCAGUCUGUAGUAUCUGGAUGUAAUAUUGCAUGCACCGCGUACAGGUCCUUACAAGUUAAAUUCAUUUUCUGAUGACUUUAUUUUAAUCAGCUACGUAAGGCAACUCGUAAAGCAUUAAAUUUUACACUUUGUUGAUAUGCACUCUUAACGGCAAUUCGAGCUUUUGCUUUCAACUGUGGACUUGAUCUUGUUAAGACUGUUUUGGUACUUUAUAUAUCUUUGUAAAUGGUAAUGCGUAAUUUUUUAAUCAGAGUACAGCUUACCCAGUAUUGUAUUUCGCUUUUUUUAGGAUAUCAAUCGUGCCUUGUUUUAACUGUUUACUUAAUUUCUCCAGCGUAAAUAGUGAUUAGUUUGAAAUAAAAAUGAUCCCAUGUAUCAUGUAAAUUGUUAUAAUCUUUAUUUGCAAGUUGACAAUUCCCCUGAUUCAUGAUGAUUAUAAUCCGUGAUUUCAGGUGGGGGGUGGGGGUGCAGGUGGGAGGUGGGGGUGGGGGAUUGUAGAAACGAGCAGAUAAAUAUCUAUCUAAUUAUUAUAAUUGUUCUUUAUUAUGUUUGGUUAAAUUAUCUAUUUGCUUAUGUAUGAUUGUAAGUGUCAGGUGGGGGUGGCGGUGGGGGGGGAGGGGGGGGGGGGGGGGGGGUGGGGGGGGGGGGGGGGGGGGAGGGUGGGUCAGGAAACAAAUUACAUCUUCCCGCCUUCAAUGAGGGAACCAUAUAAACAGGUAAAUGGAGCCAGUUUGAUUGGUGCAAUAUAGCACUAACUGAUAAUUAAAAGAGCCUUUUCUUUCUUGUUUUCACGGCAACCCCUUGAGGACAGGCAUUGUCUCUUAGGGACCAGUCAUAAUUUAAGUUGGAAGGGGGGGUGGAGGAGAAAUUGUUUUUUAUCCCAAAUUAUUUCCAGACCUAAAAAACAUGGGUGCUAUUAGUAGGGGUACCCCCCCUUCAAUCAUGUUAAAAGAUUUAAGGGCCCCCCUUUCUUACAUAAUACCCAAAUGGUAAUAACGAAUAACAUUUACUUUACUCUACCGUUCUUACUCACUAACAACACAGAAGCACUUCACACUAAACUGAGAGAGAGAUUUCACCUAGAGCCUCUCAAACAGCUUAAAGAGCAAGGAUAUAUUAGUGAUUGUGUUAUAAUUGAGAUAAGACAAGCCAUCGAAAGCUUAGAGGCCGACAGGAUCGCUUCAAGGAAGAAAGAAGAUAAUCAGCCAAAGCUCACUGCUUUUUAUAUGAGCAGUACAUGCUCUAACAGCAAAAAACUCGACAGUGACACAGACAGUGAGUCCACAUCAACCUCAUCUCCAAAUAAUGAUUCGGAUAGUGAGAUUGCAUAA